AUGGAGCAGGGUAGACAAAGGUUGGUAUUGGGGGUGGCCAGUAAACACGAGUCGUUCAUGGCGACUAUGGCUACAUCCGUAAGAUUAUCUUCUAGCGGUCACGCACUGGUAACAGCUAACGUGGUCGGUGACAUCGGUGAGGACGCAACGGUUCUAGUUGAAGGGGCUUUGGGCUUACCGCCUGCGUAG